CUUAUUAGUACAGGUUGGAUUCCCUUUUGCAGGAAACAUUCCUCAGAGAUUUUGGUCCAUAUCAAAAUGAUCACACAAUUGCUGCAGACUUGUAAGCUUCACAUCCAUGAUAUCAAUUUCGCAUCGGUGCAUUGCCCUGCUGGAAGCAGUCGUCAGAAUGGAAAUGUUGGGGCCAUAAAGAAAAUAUCCAGCUCAUCAGACCAGGCAACGUUUUUGAAUCUGUGCUUCAAUUUUAGUGAACCUGUAUGAAUUGAAGCCUCAGUUUUUUGCUCUUAGCGGACAGGAGUGGCGCCCAGUGUUGCUGCUGUUGCCCAUCUGCUUUAAGCUUUGGCAUGUUCUGUCUUUAGAGGUACUCUUCUACAUAUCUUAGUUCUAAGGAUUGAUCAUUUCUGGUGUUGUUGCUUUCCUACAAUCCCAAAGAAGUCUGGGCACUCUGACAUCAACAAGACAUUUUCACUCAGAACAGCGGCCCACUGUGAACCCUAUGAUUGUGCGGUAAAUCUUAGUAGGUCAGCAGUUUCUGAAAUAACAUUACAUUUCUUCCCCAACCUGAUGGUGGGGUCGAACUCCAGCGGGUCGUCUUGAACCUGUCUACGUGCCUACAUGCAUUUAGCCGCUGCCAUAUGAUUGGCUGAUUCGGUAUUUACGAUAACAAUUACCUGAACAAGCACCUAAUGGACUGAUGAUACUGUAUGUUAAAAUGCUGUGAAUCACAUCAUAGUGUGUAAAUAAAACGAAGUCGAUAACCGAAUUAUUUUUUAGUUGUUUUCUUUUGUGGGAGAUAAGAUAGUAAAGGUACGUGGAGAUAACAGAGGGCACUUUCUGACGUCUGAGUUUUAUUUGGUUCAGUAGCUCACCGUCGCAUUUGAUGACGCAAACACGUAUGAGACCAAGUGCAAAGUGAGGAACCAACUUCGCUAACUUGCAGUGGCAAUGGGGGAUAUGAAGACCCCAGACUUUGAUGAUUUGCUGGCAGCGUUUGACAUUCCUGACAUUGACGCCAAAGAGGCCAUUCAGUCCAGUCCAGACGAGGAACGGGAUGAGGCCCGGACUAACGUGCAUGGGAGAGAGAGUGGAUCUCCUUCAAGGUUUGCCGACCCUCCUGCCCCUCAAAGCGAGCCUCCUGUGGUCAGUGUUAUUGUUAAGAACACAGUGCGGUCAGAGUCUUUUGAAGAGGAAGAGAAGUCUGCCAGGGAUAAAACAGACAAUCCUUCAAGCAGUGCCUUAGCCUCUCCUGUGCACGUUAAGUUGGAUGACAUCACUUCACAGCUUUGUCCCAGACUCCCCUCCGAGUCUGCUGUGGAGGGUGAGACGACUAAUGGCUUUGAGGAAUCUCCCUCCAGCCGGCAGGGACAGUCUAGCACAGAAGCAUGGCACCAGGCUUCACCUCUGAGGUCCACACUGAGUGAAAGUGACAGUGAAACCGAUAAAAGGCCUGAGCCUGGAUCUUCCCAGCAUGCGGUUGAUGUUAUGAACAGUUUAAGGCCCCUUCUCCACCUCAAGUCGCCAACCACUGGUGUUCCCACCCCAUUAUCUCCUCCUUCCCCAGCCUCUGUCAGUGAUCACCUUUCUCCUCACUCCCCUCAGCAGGAUGAAACCUGUCUCAGAGAUAAUACACUAUCAUCACCGUCACUACAAAAUGACAGCAUGGAAACCGGAAUCAAGCAUGUUAUGCACACAGAUGAAGAUGACUCAGAACCAGAGCUGGUGAUCCAGGAGAGCCCAGAAUCUGUAAUGGCCCCACCUCCUAAGUUUAAAUACAGAGCAAAAUUACCGCCUACUUUUCUUGGGUCUCCUGAAACGAGGCCUUCUGAUCCUCCUAAGCUCACUUUUUCCAGAAAACCAAAAGCCCAACACGAGGAGGAUGGGCUGCCUACCACACCAAGCUCUCCACCCUCACCUCAAAGUUCCCAGGACCGCCUCCCACAUGUUAGCACCAGCUCUUCAUCAGUCCAAGAGGAGAAAUACCCAGAACAUGUGAUUGAUGAGAGGGAGUCGCCUGAGAGCCCACCACCCAGUGAGACAGGGUUUUUACUCCAAAAUAGAAGCAGCAGCCCUGAUCCCGGCUCAACAACAGCUCUAACUGCAAACCAUGACGAAUUCCACCAUCAGGAGGAGCACAUGGAGAGUGAGGACUGUCAGCAAGACAAGCCGGGUAACAGUGAAGGAAUGGGUGAAAAGGUGGAUGGGGAAAAUUUAGACACGGAGAAGUGUGAUGCUGACACUGAGGAUGCUGCAAGCGCCACAGAGACGGUUUCACCUCCACUGCGACCACUCAAAGUUAAAAUCAAAAUGCCCACAGGCAGCAUCACAAGGACUGUCACUGGUGUGGCGCCUAAAAGAAGCGGAAGAGCCACCAGUAAGGGUGUGACUGCUCCAAAACCAUCACCACAGCGUCAUAACACAAGAGCCAAAAGGGAGUUACCGCAAGAAAGUCAGCUGACUGCAGUGGAGAUGCUGCAGGAUGCUUGCGCUGCCACACUAGAAGGUGCGAGUACAGUUAGAGAGAAAACCCCCGCUGACGCCAGGCCUAAAGUUUCCCCCACAGCAGUGAACAUCACAAAAACUGCAGCUCUGCCCUCUAUUACUACCUCCUCCUCCAGAGUCAGUGCGAGUACAGGCAACCUGCGCACCCUGGGCCAAAAAACUCUCAACAGUGGGGUGACACUACCUGCUUCUUUACCUCUGCUGCCCCCUCAAAGCAGCAGCAGGCCAGCAUCUAUAGUCAACAGCACUGGGGCCAUCAUAUCAAAGAGCCAGACCAACUUAGUGGAAGCCUUCAACAAAAUCCUGAAUAACAAGAACCUGCUGCCCAGUUAUAAACCAAAUCUGAGCGCCCCUCUUCCUGCAGAGUGGGGCAUUUCUCUACCUGCGCAGGGUUACCGGUGUCUGGAGUGCGGUGACGCCUUUGCCCUGGAGCAGAGUUUAGCACAGCACUAUGACCGGCGCUCGCUCAGAAUCGAGGUGACCUGCAAUCACUGCGCCAAACGGCUGGCCUUCUUCAACAAGUGUAGCUUGCUGUUACACGCCAGAGAGCACAAGGACAGAGGCCUGAUCAUGCAGUGUUCACACUUGGUCAUGAAACCAGUGCCUGUGGAUCAGAUGAUCAGCCAGCAGGAACCAACAGCAGCUGGUAUGGGAAUGUUUUUGUCUCCACUCCACUGUUUUGAUUUUUGGAUGUGCUUUAACUGCCUCUUCCAUCCUUUCAACACCAUGCUUUUAGGCCAGACAAACCCAAAGGCAGCACCCCAGGCACAUCAAGCAGUAGCUAAGAAAGCAGAAGCAGUGCAGUACACAAGUAACAAAUGUCCUGAGUGUCAGGCUCAGUUCUGCAGCAAAGAAGAGGUAGCCGAACAUUUCCAGGAAAUCAAGCCAGCACAGAGCACCUCGUGCUCCGAGUGCUCGCCUCCCAUGCUGCUACCCAACAGCUGCAGUGCAGCAGCUCAUCAGCGCAUCCAUCAAGGCUCCUCUCCACAUGUGUGUCCAGAGUGUGGGGGCACAACCAAGCAGGCACAGUUCAGAACACAUGUGGACGAGACCUGCUUGCACUUUUCCCGCCGUAUUGGCUACAGAUGUUCUAGCUGCCUGGUGGUGUUUGGAGGUCUGAACUCGGUGAAGUCUCACAUCCAGCAGGCUCACUGCGACAUGUUCCAUAAGUGUCCCAGCUGCCCCAUGGCUUUCAAAUCUGCUCCCAGCAUUCAGAACCACAUCACUGCCCAGCAUCCGGGGCUCCCUGAAGGACAGCCAAUGCUGAUCUAUAAGUGUGUCAUGUGUGACACAGUGUUUACCCACAAACCCCUGUUGCAUGCCCACUUUGACACUCAUUUAACCAAUCAAAAGGUCCACGUGUUUAAAUGCCCCGCGUGCACCAAGCUGUUUUCUCAGAGGAACUCACUGCUGGACCAUUUCAAGACCCACAAGACUCCCAAAUCAAAAGGAGAGCCACCUUUGCUUCCAGGUGGUGCUUCUCUGAAAUUAGAGAGCUCUGAUGGAGAUGAAUGGAUGCGUAAAGACAAAGAAGAGAAGGUGAAGCCAGAAAAGAUGAAGACCCCUUCAGGGUGGAGGUGUUCAUCUUGUAACACGCGCUACACGGACCGGGAGGACUAUAUUACCCAUAUGGGUGAACUGCACGGCAAGAUUUUGAAGAAGUUUCCCUGCAACAAAUGUGAGAGCUCCUUCACAACCACCUCCAGUCUGAGGCGUCACAUCAGAGAUAAGCACAAAGCCAUGAACCGCAGCUUUCGCUGCCAGUUUUGCACUGAAGGUAAGAAAACCUUCAGCAGCAGAACGAUGUUGGAGAGGCACCUUCAGCUGAGGCACAGCACAGAAACUGCAAGCCAGAAAACCACAAUGAGUGGUGAAGAUGAAGCUGACAGUUCAUCGGAACAGGACAGCAGUUUGGGGGCUCGCAAGAGACGGAGAGGAGCCGUGAAGGUGGAGCAGAAUGAAGAGUCCACAGACAGAGUUAGUCCGGGGAAGAAGCUACGGUCCUCUUCCUCCUCAGCUCUCGCUCCGUCCUCUCUUCCCGAGUCUGGGUUUCGGUGUGCCGUCUGCGGCUUCACCUCAGAGGAGAAGGUGGCGUUCCUGGAGCACAUCAGCCAGCACAGGCGCGGAGGCAUGGACGACGGUGGCCUGCAGUGUCUCCAGUGUGGCGCCUGCUUCGCAUCCACCUUCUCACUGUCACGCCAUCGCUUCAUCACCCACAAAGUGAGAGAUGUGGUCAAUGACAACCAACAAGCACCCAGUGUGCACCUGUCACCCUCCGUUGGAAAUAGUAGGCACCACGAGGAAAAGAGUUCUCUGAAUGGCUCUGCACCAGCAUCACCCUCCACUCAGCCCUCCACAGGAGAGGGGAAAGAGGAGGAGGGAGCACUGGCCUGUAAGGUGUGUGGUAAACACUUUGACAAGGUCACAGAUCUGAAUACACACUUCAGAACUCACGGUAUGGCUUUUAUCAAUGCGAGGAACGCAGGAAAAACGAUCUGAGAUGGCAAACAUGAAGAAUAUGUCAUGAUUAAGAGUACUCACAAGUGCCUUUCUGUUACCGAGUACCGGUUAAAGUGCGAGUUCUGCUCUGAUUUUUACCAAAGAUUACCAAUAUAGUCUGAAAACGUGAAAUGUUCAGAUGCGAUUCUCAUUGUUCCAGACGAGCUUUUGUGACACUCAGGAUCUGAUGCUGUGCUUCUGUGUUUAGUUAAUGUAAUGAAAUUAGAGUUUAGUCUGUUUCCCUCACAAUCAUGUGCCUGCAGAGGCCGGUGAACACUGUUCUAACCGUGCUGUGAUAACGAUGGCCGUUUAAUGAAUAUGCUUUUUUUUUUCUUUCUUUUUUUUAAAGCAAACUGUUGCAGUGAUUUUGAUGCGUUUCUUUGAAUUUAUUGCCAGUCAAUUUUCAAAGCAUGCUGUCUCUUUCAGUUCAUUCCCAGCUUAAACUGCAGCCGCUGGCUUCUCUACAUUUUAGUUUCAAUUUACAGAUACUUAAAUUUCGCUUUUCUUGACUAUUUUCACUGACUAUUUCUGCACUGAGCUGAAAUGGAAAAGUACACGUUUGUACUUUUAGAAGAUUCCCCCUGAAUUUUGCUUUGAGUCACACUGCUGAAAGUUUUUCAUUAGCUUUUGCUUAACUUUGCAAUAUAUGCUUGCAUAUAGUGGAAUCACGGUGGUGUCAUCCCUGAAUGAAAGCAGCAAUAAUUAAGGCCACCAAUACUUUACUGCAUAUGUGCAAUAAAGCAUUGGUGCUUUGGGAUUAGUUUUGAGAAGAAAAAAAAACUUAACUUAAAAUGAUGUACACUUAAAGGCCACAUAUUACCGUUAUUGAUAUUAUCCUUGAAGUCUUUACACAUUUAGAUGCUGAAAUAAAUGCGGACCAAAAAUUUCUGGAAAUUUUUCUAAGAAGUUUUGACUAUGCUUUGGAAAAUGUUAAGCAAUAAUCUGACUCGCAGACACACUAUUUGUAGGGGUGCAACUUUCUGAUGCAUUGAAAUCAACGUUUAAUUCCUUAUAAAUUGAAUGUAUUUAUAUCAGAUUGAGUAAUUUAUUCAGUGAGCAAGAGGUGGAAAGUGAAAUUGUUUUUUUUUUUUGUUUUGUUCUUUGGUAUGCGGGCCAUAUGUUUACCUAAAUCUUGCUUUAUGGAAUUACUGUAAAUGGAAGAUUGUUAUAUAUGCAUUUUGUCUAAAGUCCUUGGAACGGCUAAAAGAUUAAAACUAUUGUUCCCCAUAACCGAC